AUGGCUCUUUCCGAUCUCUGCCAAUUUCUAUUUGAUAAGCUCGUUGAACCAUUUUGGGGAAAUUACAAGUCGGAAAAGUGCCCGGAACUGGUCAUUUCCGGUAUUGCUGCAGAGCUGAUGGGCUUAAAUCUGUUGGAUCAUAAUUCUAAGGUUCUGUGCAUUGGUCAGGGAUCUGAUUUGGCUAUUUCGGUGUUUAAAGAGAAGGGUUUUACAGAUGCUCACAGGGUUCUUGGUCACCCUUUGUUUGCCCUUAUGGGUAGGAAGCACGUCUACGAGCUUGCGUUUCCUGAAAACUCGUUCGAUUUUGUUUAUUACGGGGAUAUCGAUCAGCGGGUUAUAAUAGUCCCUGCUCUUCUCGUGCUUGAGAUGGAGCGUGUUCUGAAACCCGGUGGAAUCGGGGCGGUCUUAGUGAAAACUAACGGCGGGUUGUAUAACUCGAACAGCCUUGUUAAAUCUGCUACUUCAGUUUCAUCCUUGCUUAAGCUUUCUGAGAUAGUUCAUGUAAAAUCCAUGGAUGGGUUCACAGUUGUUGUAUUCAAGAAGAAUGUGAUGGAGAAUGCUUCUGAUUACGCUGGAAAAAACCAGCUACCAAGUGAUUGUCAAUCUGUUGUGAACGCAAAACCUUACAUAGGAUUCAUGGAACCGCUACUCGAAACAAAACCAGUUGAAUUUCCAAAAUCAGUGGCUUAUUUGCCCAAGUUUCUCGAUGUGUCACCUAAGAAGAGACUGGUUUACGUUGACAUUGGAGCAACCGAAUAUCCGAAUGAUAAUAUAUCAUCAUCAUCAUCUAGCUGGUUUUUGCCGUCAUACCCAAUUGACAGCAAGGCGUUCAACAUCUACAUUGUCGACCACAAUGCUUCGGUAUUGCUAAUGGAGGUAAAGAAACCUGGUGUCACCUUUGUUUACCAUCCAGGUUUGGCUGGGGACAACAAUGCUACAGCCAAAAACAUCACUCUAAGUGAAUAUCUAGAACCAUUUCCUGAAGAAGAGGAAGAGAGCUUCUAUUUUCUUGCUUGGUUUGAGGAAACUGCAAAGUACGCAGAAUUUGUGGUUCUGAAGAUGAACACAAGCGGUGUAGAAAUGAAGUUCCUCUCGGGUUUAAUCGAAACAGAAGCCAUAUGUUACGUGGACGAGCUUUUCCUCCGCUGCACCAACAAGCCAGACUGCAUGGACAUACUCCAAAGUCUAAGAAGCAGAGGUGUCUUUGUCCACCAAUGGUGGGGAGGAGAUUAA